AUGGUGCUUGCCGGGUUAUCGAGGAUGCGUCGCAUGUUUUCGUUGCUCCACCAUCACUUGGCUGGUCGCAGCAGUAGCCUCUCUGCUAUGAUCCAGGACCACACCAUCACUGCUUACUGGCACUGUUUGACUAGUGCUACCGCGACCGCCUUUAAAAUCAAGUCCCAGCUACGCCACUGCUACAUCCUAGUCCCAUUGAGCGACGACAGUACCGUCUCUUGA